GGCUCCCAUCGCGUAGCUCCUACAUGGUAAUGCAGCUUGCGCAACUAGACGUCUUCGUUAUACGCUACAGCCCGGUCAUAUGAUAAGGGUGCCAAAUUUAGGUUCUAAAACUGUGCUUGUUUAAUAGUAAUAACCUAACCCUAAACCUAAGGUUCGUGGGGUAUUUAGUCACGUGGUAGGGGUGUUGAGUGUGAAUGAAGCAUUACGUAAGUUGCGUACGCAGCACUACAUUGUGUGAGCUACGCUGUGGUAGCCUUCGUUCUGCAACGAUAUACUCUCUAACUGUCUUUUCAAACGUCGCUUGUAAAAUUCAGUUAAUUUGAUUGGUGGGUAGUACGACUCAAAAGAUUUUUGUAAUAAGCGAAUCUGGCAGUCAGUCAUCUUCGGUUAAAAAACGUAACUACGCACACACAAAAACAAAACCCACAAGGAAAAGGGCACGAUAUGAAUUGAAGGGUUUCAGAUUCAAUGAUGUGGUGCCGAUGGACGACAUUAGGACACCAGUGAGAGCAGGAGCAGCAGCGCCUUAUGGACACGUUCUCGUCAAUGAGAAGUGGAGGGGGUCUGCAAUAGCUCAGGGGUUUCAGGGAAAGAUCAAACCCAUAUUUGAAGAUGGGCUGGGAUUAGUGGACUUCCACCUGUCUAAUAAAACCUGUGUGCUGUAUAUUUCUGAAACAGACAUGGUGGUUGGAAACAACUACAAGAGGAAACUUGUUCGAUUUAGAAAUGCUACCAGCCUUCGUGGGAUCGUACUCGUGGAAAAGACCAGGAUCAGCGAACAGUAUUUUCAGUCUGUCCAGAAAUUUGUGGUGUUGGAAUUAGGAAUGACAUUACUCCCUGUUGCUUGCCAGACUGAAGCCUCUCAGCUUCUUAUCCAGCUAGUUCAUGAAGAGAGUAAAGAACAAGAUUAUAACCCCUUCCGUCGGAAAAGCCGCUCGAAUUUGGCCGAGCCCGCUGUCCUGGCCAUGGUUCAGCAGAUCCCUGGGGUUGGGAAAGUAAAAGCCUUGGCCCUGCUACAGCAGUUUCCCAGCAUUCACCAGCUGAGCAACGCCACUACUGAAGAACUUGAGGUUGUCGUGGGACGGACUAUAGCACAGCAAAUUAGAACUUUCUUCAUACAGACUUAACCAGUCCGCAAGAAUAAUAAGAGAUUUGUUUCCCACAGCACAGUUUCAGUUAUUGCAGAUGCUAUUAGUUCUCACUCAUUGAGGCAUAUGCUGGGAUUGGUGAAGAAAGUGGAACUACCUGCUUUACCACUAUGAAUAGGAUGGGCAGUCAUGGUAGAACUGAUAUGAUGUGGAAGCGAGUACCUAAGGCAACUAGAUGUCUAUCAUUCCGUUAGGAGUGGAAAUCUACAGUAAAGUCCAGAAUGACCUGAGUUGGCCAUCAUGAUGGACUUGUAACAGGAAACGUUAUAUCAUUAUAUCAUAUCUUUAUGUUAUGCAGCUCAUUUACAAAAAAGAAUGGGUUUAAUUUAAGUUGUCUUUUCUUUUAAGAAAAGCAAGUGGCCUUUUUAAUAGCAUAGCAACCUUUGAUGGCAAAAAGGGUGAACUGACUUAUGAUACUAUUUUAAAAAGAGACUUAUAAAAUUAAGCUUGCCCUCAAUUGAAGUAGCCUGUUAUCUUACUACUGAUGCUGAAAAGUUGAUUAUUGCUGACAUUGAAAGGAAUUUGGUUUGUAGUAUUGGGUAACUGGUUUAAAAGUAUUGUGUGGGCCUUUCAUAGAUCUUUUUUAAAUAUCAGCUUGAACCAACUUCAAAGACUAUUGCCUUCCAAAGUCUACCGCUUUGCUGGGUAGUGUGUUGUGCAGAUUGGCGAUGACAUCAUUAUAUCUGUUUCUAAAGCCUUUUAUAAGUUGCCCACAAGACCUAAUUUAACAUAAGUGGGAUCUGAAAGUAAUUUAAUAUGAAUAAGGACUGUAAAUAUGUUUUUUUUUUUUUUCUUCACACACUUAUGUAGAUUAUGGAUUUUUGAAACCAGUGAACCAUUAAGUUUUUUUUUUUUUUCCCCUGGUAUUUCUUCCUUUUAUGUAAAUUGCACAUAUAGCUGCAAAUGCAAAGUAGCUGUAACUUUCCUGUUUUUAAGAUGUUUGCAAUCAUUUUGAAUAGUUGUAACUUCUGUUGCCCGAGGGUUUUGUUUUUCUGUAUUGCUGACAUCUUUCUUGCAGGCCUGUGGAUUUGCAUGGUUUCAUUAGAAAUUGUGAUAUUGUGACCUUAGUGUUGACAUCACCUACUUCAUGGGGGAAAAAAAAGAAACAGAGGGAGUCUGCAUGGAAAGUAAAGGAGGGACAUUUGUAGUUAUCUGUACUUUAGAAUACAUGUUGCAGUGUAUUGUAUUGUAUUAGACAGGACUGUUAGAUUGAAAAAAAAACU